CGCGUGGAGCGUUUUAUUCCAUCGGCAACUUUCUUGCGUACUCCCCACGGCACGCCGACUCGCGUUAACUGGAGUUUAGACAUUGUGACACUUUCUCUGUGGCUCUCCGCCUGCAGUCCAUGCCACGCUCCCAUAGCAGCGAAUUGUAAAGCACUAGUAAAACAUUCAAUUUGCUUUUGUGUUGUGUGUUCAUGAAAAGUGUGAUAAAAGUGUAAAGUAAAAGGAAAAGAUGGCCACACGCUUCAUGGAUAUGCUGAAGCUGACCUUUAAGGUCCUCAGUUUCAAAUACGAGCAGCGUAAGCUUGCCACAGCCAUAUAUUCUGUGGUCAAGACAAAUCUGGGCCCCGUGCGCGGUGUAAAGCGGAAUACCAUUUGGGGAGGAAGCUAUUUUAGCUUCGAGAAGAUACCAUUCGCCAAGCCCCCCGUGGGAGAGCUGCGUUUCAAGGCACCAGAGCCAGUGGAGCCAUGGGAUCGAGAGCUGGAUUGCACUUCGGCCGCCGACAAACCCCUGCAGACACACAUGUUUUUUAAGAAAUUCGCCGGCUCCGAGGAUUGCCUGUAUCUGAAUGUGUAUGCCAAGGAUCUACAACCGAAUAAACUGCGUCCAGUGAUGGUUUGGAUCUAUGGCGGUGGCUUUCAGGUGGGCGAAGCCUCUCGGGACAUGUACAGUCCGGACUUUUUCAUGUCCAAGGAUGUGGUGCUGGUCUCAGUGGCCUAUCGACUGGGGGCCUUGGGCUUCCUAAGUCUCGACGAUCCGCAGUUGAAUGUGCCAGGAAAUGCAGGACUCAAGGAUCAGAUAAUGGGCCUUCGAUGGGUGCAGCAGAACAUAGAAGCAUUCGGUGGGGAUCCCAAGAAUGUGACGCUCUUUGGCGAAAGUGCUGGCGGAGCAUCGACCCACUUCCUCACUUUGAGUGCUCAAACAGAGGGAUUGAUCCACAAGGCCAUCGUUAUGUCGGGCAGUGUAUUGUGUCCUUGGGCGCAGCCCCCCAGGAAUGAUUGGGCCUAUCGUCUGGCCCAGAAACUGGGUUACACUGGGGAUAACAAGGACAAGCCGAUCUUUGAGUUCUUGAGAUCUGCAAAUGGUGGAGAAAUAGUCAAGGCCUCGGCCACAGUCUUGAGCAAGGAUGAGAAGCACAAUCGAAUUUUAUUUGCAUUUGGACCUGUCGUGGAGCCCUACAGCACAGAGCACACGGUGAUCGAUAAGCCACCCCAUGAGCUAAUGCAGAACAGCUGGAGCAACAGGGUGCCCAUCAUGUUCGGAGGCACCAGCUUCGAGGGUUUGCUCUUUUAUCCAGAGGUAUCCCGUCGUCCGGCCACCUUGGAUGAGGUGGGAAACUGCAAGAACUUACUGCCCAACGAUAUAAGCAACAACCUGGACCCCAAGCUGAGGGAAAACUAUGGCCUGCAGCUGAAGCGCGCCUACUUCGCCGACGAGCCCUGCAAUCAGGCCAGCAUGAUGAAGUUCCUCGAACUCAGCUCUUAUCGGGAGUUCUGGCAUCCCAUCUAUCGUGCCGCCUUGGCUCGAGUGCGCCAGGACAGUGCCCCCACCUAUCUGUACCGCUUCGACUAUGACUCAAAGCUCUGCAAUGCCAUUCGUAUUGUGCUCUGCGGCCAUCAAAUGCGCGGCGUCUGCCACGGCGACGACCUGUGCUACAUCUUCCACAGUAUGCUGUCCCAUCAGUCGGCCCCGGACUCGCCCGAGCACAAGGUCAUCAUGGGUAUGAUCGACAUCUGGACGAGUUUCGCUGCCAAUGGAGAUCCCAACUGUGAGAGCAUCAAGUCGGUCAAGUUUGCACCCCUCGAGAAUGAAACGAAUUUCAAAUGCCUAAACAUUGGCGGUGAAUUUGAGUACAAAACACUACCAGAGCUGCAGAAGAUUGAGCCAGUGUGGAACAGUUUCUAUUCUCCGGAUAAACUGUAGUCUUUCUUUCAAACGGGGGUUCCAUAGCUUUAGAUCUGCCUCAAUUGUUGGAGUCUCUGCAAUUGUGUAAAUAUGUUGUACAUAUAUUCUGGUUAUUGAUUAUUUUUUAAA